CGCCGCGCCUCGGAGCGCACGUUCGGCGCUUUCUCCUACACGUUCCCCGGACAUUAUGCUGCCGAGCGGUGGAGCCGCAGUCCUCCAAGUGCUCCUCCUGCGGCUCCUCCUGCGGCCCGAGCGGCUCAGCUCUCGGCAGGCGGCGGCGUUGCUCAGCCGAGCGCGGACGGGACCCUCGCGGCGGGACCUCAGCGACUCCUAAAGUCAAACAUUGGCGGCGGGCGCCGGCCUCCGCGCGCUCUACGCGGCCGCUGCCUCGGGUCGCCGCCGCCGCCAAGGAGGGCAGGAGGGAGGGGGUGAGGGCAGCGGGGGAGGGGUGAGGAGCACCAUGCAGUUUGUAUCCUGGGCCACACUGCUAACGCUCCUGGUGCGGGACCUGGCCGAGAUGGCGAGCCCAGACGCCGCGGCGGCCGUGCGCAAGAACAGGCUGCACCCGAGGCAAGUGAAAUUAUUAGAGUCCCUGAGCGAAUACGAAAUCGCGUCUCCCGUCCGAGUGAACGCUCUCGGAGAACCCUUUCCCACGAACGUGCACUUCAAAAGAAGGCGACGGAGCAUUAACUCUGCCUCUGACCCCUGGCCUGCCUUCGCCUCCUCCUCUUCCUCCGCUACCUCCUCCCGGGCGCAUUACCGCCUCUCCGCCUUCGGCCAGCAGUUUCUAUUUAAUCUCACCGCCCAUGCCGGAUUUAUCGCUCCACAGUUCACUGUCACCCUCCUCGGGGCGCCCGAGGAGAACCAGACAAAGUUUUAUUCCGAGGACGAAGCAGAACUCAAGCACUGUUUCUACAAAGGCCACGUCAAUACCAAGUCCGAGCACACGGCGGUCAUCAGCCUCUGCUCCGGAAUGCUGGGCACAUUCCGGUCCCAGGAUGGGGAUUAUUUUAUUGAGCCACUGCUGUCCAUGGAUGAACCAGAAGAUGAAGAUGAACAAAACAAACCCCACGUUAUCUACAGGCUCAGCACCGCCCAGGAAGAGCCCUCCACAGAAAGGCACGCGUGCGACACCUCAGAACACCGGGAUAGUCCCAGUAAGGACAGGAGGAAACCCAGAGCGAGGGAACGGGCAGGAAGGAGCAGCCUGGCUGACGACGUGGCAGUGCUCAAGAGCGGCUUCGCAACAAAGGCGCUGUCUGCCUAUGGGAACAAGACGGACAGCGCGAGAGAGCAGAGGACCCACAGAAGAACAAAGCGUUCCUUGUCCUACCCACGGUUUGUAGAAGUGAUGGUGGUGGCAGACCGAAAAAUGAUUUCAUUCCAUGGAGCAAAUCUUCAACACUAUGUUUUAACUUUAAUGUCAAUUGUAGCCUCUAUCUAUAAAGACCCCACUAUUGGAAAUUUAAUUAAUAUUGUUGUUGUGAACUUAGUUGUGAUUCAUAAUGAACAGGAGGGACCGCCCAUCUCUUUUAAUGCCCAGACGACAUUAAGGAAAUUCUGCCAGUGGCAGAAGAACAACACAGGUGCGAUCCAUCACGAUACUGCCAUUCUGAUCACGAGACAGGACAUCUGCAGAGCUCAGGACAAGUGUGACACCCUAGGUCUGGCUGAACUGGGAACCCUUUGUGACCCCUCCAGAAGCUGUUCUAUUAGCGAAGAUAAUGGAUUGAGCACGGCUUUUACCAUAGCCCAUGAACUGGGCCAUCUGUUUAAUAUGCCUCAUGACGACAGCAAUAAGUGCAAAGAAGACGGAGCCAAGAGUCCCCAGCAGGUCAUGGCUCCAACAUUGAACAUUUACACCAUGCCCUGGAAGUGGUCAAAGUGUAGUCGAAAAUACAUCACUGAAUUUUUAGACACUGGUUACGGCGAGUGUUUGCUUAACGAACCUGGAUACAGACCCUACAGUUUGCCUUACCAACUGCCAGGCCUCCUUUACAAUGUGAAUAAACAAUGUGAACUGAUUUUUGGACAAGGUUAUCAGCUGUGCCCAUAUAUGCAGAUGCAGUGCCGACGACUCUGGUGCAGUAACGCGGACGGAGCGGAUAUAAACAGCAAAGGCUGCCAGACUCAGCACACGCCCUGGGCCGAUGGCACCGAGUGUGCGCCUGGAAAGCACUGCAAGUUUGGAUUUUGUGUUCCCAAAGAAAUGGAGCCCCCCGCGAUUGAUGGAUCCUGGGGAAGUUGGACUCCGUUUGGAACCUGCUCCAGAACGUGUGGAGGGGGCGUCCGCAGCGCUGUCCGGGAGUGCAACAGACCAGCGCCCAAAUACGGUGGAAAGUACUGUACGGGGCGCAGGAUGAAAUUUAGGUCCUGCAACACGGAGCCGUGUCCCAAGCAGAAGCGCGACUUCCGAGAGGAGCAGUGCGCUCAGUUUGACGGGAAGCACUUCAACAUCAACGGGAUCAGUCCGACCGUGCGCUGGGUGCCCAAGUACAGCGGAAUUUUGUUGAAGGACCGGUGCAAGCUGUUCUGCAGGGUGGCCACGAGCACAGCCUACUACCAGCUCAAGGACAGAGUGGUGGACGGGACCCCAUGCAGCCAGGACACCAGCGAUAUCUGUGUCCAAGGCCUGUGCCGGCAAGCUGGAUGCGAUCACGUUUUAAACUCGAAAGCCCGGAGAGAUAAGUGCGGGGUGUGCGGUGGCAAUAAUUCUUCAUGCAGAACAGUGGAAGGAAACUGGACACUAGCAGUACAUUACGGUUAUAAUCUCGUGGUCCGAAUUCCAGUGGGUGCUACCAGCAUCUAUGUGCAGCAGAAGAGUAACUCAGGAAAACUGGAGGACGAUAACUACUUAGCGGUAUCGAACACCGAUGGCGAGUACUUCAUAAAUGGGAACUUCGUUAUCACAAUGGCCAAGAAGGAGAUCCGCAUUGGGAAGGCUCUGAUCGAGUACAGUGGCUCCGAAACCGUCACAGAGAAACUCAACUGCUCAGGCCGCAUUGAACAAGAACUCCUGAUUCAGGUGCUGGCGGUGGGGCAGUUGUUCGACCCCAAUGUGUACUACUCUUUCAAUGUCCCCAUCGAAGACAGGCCCCCGCAGUUCUACUGGAACAGUCACGGGCCCUGGCAGGCCUGCAGCAAACCUUGCCAAGGAGAGCGGAAACGAAAACCCGUUUGCACCAGGGAGUUCAAUCAGCUCAUAGUUUCUGAUCAAAGGUGUGAUCGGCUGCCCCAGCCAAGCCCCAUCACUGAGCCCUGCGGCACAGACUGUGACCUGAGGUGGCAGGUGGCCAGCAGGAGUGAGUGCAGUGCCCAGUGUGGCCUGGGCUACCGCACGUUAGACAUCUACUGUGCCAGAUACAGCCGGCUGGACGGGAGGACCGAGAAGGUGGAUGACCGUUUUUGCAGCAGUCACCCCAAACCAAGCAACCAGGAAAAAUGCUCAGGAGAAUGUAACACCGGGGGCUGGCACUACUCUGCUUGGACUGAAUGUUCUGAAAGCUGUGAUGGCGGAAUCCAGAGGAGAAGGGCUGUUUGUGUCAACACCCGAAAUGAUGUCCUGGAUGACAGCAAAUGCACACAUCAGGAGAAAGUCACCGUUCAGAGGUGCAAUGAGUUCCCUUGUCCACGGUGGAAGUCGGGAGACUGGUCCGAGUGCUUGGUCACCUGCGGGGAAGGGCACAAGCACCGGCAGGUCUGGUGUCAGUUCGGUGAAGAUCAAUUAGACGACAGAAUCUGUGACCCUCAGACCAAGCCAGCCUCCGUGCAGACCUGUCAGCAGCCAGAAUGUGCGUCCUGGCAGGCGGGUCCCUGGGGACAGUGCAGUGUCACUUGUGGACGGGGAUACCAGCACAGAGUGGUGCAAUGCAUCGUUGGGACCUAUGGCGUGUCAGUGGUGGAUGUCAAUGUCUGCAACGCAGCAGCUAGACCAGCUGAGGUCCAGGACUGCGAAUUGCCACCUUGUCACCCUCCGCCGGCUGCCCCCGAAGCAAGGAGGAACACGCACGGUGCCCCAAGAACCCAGUGGCGAUUUGGGUCUUGGACUCCAUGCUCAGCCACCUGUGGGAAGGGGACCCGGAUGAGGUAUGUCAGCUGCCGGGAAGAGGACGGCUCCGUGGCUGACGAGAGCGCCUGCCAGGCCCUGCCGCGACCACUGGCAGAGGAGGAAUGUGUGGGGACCCCCUGUGGCCAGUGGAAGGCUUUGGACUGGAGCCCUUGUUCCGUGACGUGUGGGCACGGUAGGACGACCCGGCAAGUGAUGUGUGUGGACUACAGUGACCACGUGAUUGAUCAGAGCCAGUGUGACUCAGAUUAUAUCCCAGAAACCGCGCAGGACUGCUCGCUGCCACCGUGCCCGCGCCAGGCCCCAGACCGGGGCCUUGCUCAGCACCCUUUCCAGAACGCGGGCUAUCACCCCAGGAGCCUCGGCCCCAGCCAGACCCACGUGCUCGGGGGGAACCAGUGGAGGAGGCCCUGGGGAGCAUGUUCUAGUACCUGUGCUGGCGGGUCCCAGCGGCGUGUCGUUGUAUGUCAGGAUGAGAACGGAUACCCCGCAAGUGACUGUGUGGAGAGAAUCAAACCGGAUGAGCAAAGAGCCUGCGAGUCCGGCCCGUGUCCGCAGUGGACUUAUGGCAGCUGGGGAGAGUGUUCUAAGCUCUGUGGCGGAGGCCUGCGAACCAGGCUGGUGGUCUGUCAGCGGCCCAGCGGGGAGCGCUUUCCAGAUCUGAGCUGUGAAAUUCUGGACAAGCCUCCGGACCGGGAGCGGUGUAACCCGCACGCUUGUCCCCAAGACGCGGCAUGGAGCACCGGCCCUUGGAGUUCGUGUUCUGUCUCUUGUGGUCGAGGGCAUAAGCAACGAAGUGUUUACUGCAUGGCAAGAGAUGGAAGCCUUUUAGAAAGUGAGCACUGUAAGCACCUUGCUAAGCCCAGUGGGCACCGAGAGUGCCGAGGAGGAAGAUGCCCCAAGUGGAAGGCUGGCGCCUGGAGUCAGUGCUCUGUGUCCUGUGGCCAUGGCGUGCAGCGGAGAAAUGUGGGCUGUCAGCUGGGACCUCGCAAGGUAGCCAGAGAGACCGAGUGCAACCCGUACACCAGGCCGGAGUCGGAGCGCACCUGCAGAGCCCCGCUGUGUCCGCUCUACGCCUGGAGGGUAGAGGAAUGGCAAGAAUGCACCAGGACCUGUGGCGAAGGAACCAGGUACCGCAGGGUGCUGUGUGUGGAUGAGGACAAAGGCGGCGAGGUGCACGGCGGGCACUGCGACCCCAGCAAGCGGCCUGCGGACCGUGAGAGCUGUAGUUUGCAGCCCUGCGAGUACAUCUGGAUCACAGGAGAGUGGUCGGAGUGCUCGGUGACCUGCGGGAAGGGCUACAAGCAAAGGCUGGUGUCCUGCAGCGAGAUUUACACCGGGAAGGAGAACUAUGAGUACGGCCACCAAACUGCCGCCAACUGCCCGGGCACGCAGCCCCCCAGCGUCCACCCCUGCUACCUGAGGGAGUGCCCGGUCUCCGCCACCUGGAGAGUGGGCAACUGGGGCAGCUGCUCCGUGUCCUGUGGCCUCGGGGUGCAGCACCGAUCCGUGCAGUGCUUGACCAAUGAUGACCAGCCCAGCCACCUCUGCCCCGCGGAGCUGAAGCCGGAAGAGAGGAAAACCUGCCAUAAUAUCUACAACUGCGAGUUACCCCAGAGCUGCAGGGAGGUGAAGCAUCUGAGCGGCGCCACGGAAGACGGCGAGUAUUUCCUGACCGUCCAGGGAAAGCUCCUGAAGAUCUUCUGUGCAGGGAUGCAGUCCGACCACCCCAAGGAGUACCUGACCCUGGUGCGCGGGGAUGCGGAGAACUUCUCCGAGGUGUACGGGCACAGGCUGCACAACCCGACCGAAUGCCCCUACAACGGGAGCCGGCGCGACGACUGCCAGUGUCGGAAGGACUACACGGCGGCCGGCUUCUCCAGCUUCCAGAAGAUCAGGAUAGACCUGGCCACCAUGCAGAUCAUAACCACUGACUUACAGUUUGCGAGGACCAGCGAAGGGCAUCCCGUGCCCUUUGCCACCGCUGGGGACUGCUACAGCGCCGCCAAGUGCCCGCAGGGUCGUUUCAGCAUCAACCUUUACGGAACAGGCCUCUCUUUAACCGAGUCCGCCAGAUGGAUCUCGCAGGGGAACUAUGCCGUCUCCAACAUUAAGAAGUCGCCGGAUGGCACCCGAGUCGUGGGGACAUGCGGCGGUUACUGUGGGAAAUGCACUCCGUCCUCGGGCACUGGCCUGGAGGUUCAGAUUUUAUAGUUAAGGUUUCUUAUAGCAAACAUCCUUUACUUGUAAAAUCUAAGAGAACAACGUGUGAUUGUUCAUUCUACAUGAAAAAAUGUAUGCAUUGCCUACGCUUGACUUGUGACCUUUGAGACAGAAGAUUGACCUUUCUUGGUGGCUCAUCUGUUUCCAGGUGCCCUGAAGAGGAAGCCGUGAUGGAUGGAUGAAGGAUAGUAAUGCAAUACCUCCACCUAAAAUCUGGGCGUGUGUAUGUGUGUGCGCGUGCGUGUGUGUGUGUGUGUGUGUGUGUGUGGACUUGUAUGCUUGUGUGUGUGUGUACAUAUACAUAUGCAUAUAUAAACCUAUAUACACACACACAUCUCCGGAUAUGGGUGUGUAUAUUUGUGGAAUGUCCUAAUGAUGUAAAGUUUAAUAUUUAUGUUUGAAAUUAUUUAUUGUGAUGUAAUAUUUUUGUACGUAAAAUGAUUCUAUUAUGACUGCCUUUUGCAAUAUUUUGUUCCUUGCAGUCAGACCACUGCAUUUUACGUACUCUACAUUAUAUGUAGUAUUAUGACAAAAGUGAUCCUUCAUUAUCACGGUACACUAUUGUUUACUUUCUAUAUGUAAAUCUUUUUAUUGCUCAUUUUUUUAAAAAAUUGUAAUUUGUUUUUUAAAACAAUCUAGCUAUCAUCAAGGUGCUACAGCAGUAUUUGCCAUUUCUAUGAAAGCAUCAUUAGCCCGUAAGGAAUUUAGUGGUCACAGAUUGUACCAGCUAUGAAUUACGUUAAGUAUCUAUUCAGUUUCACGUGAACUCUGGGAACAAAAUUGCUGCCUUGGUGCUACUAUUGUAUUAUUUAAGUGAUCUUCAGACUCAGAAAUGUAAACACAUUUAAUAAGGGAGGAACCGAAGGACAUUGUCCAAUGGACGGAACCAGUUGGCUAGAAUGAGACCAGCUGUUUACCCCUGUUUUCGGACAUGUCUUUCUUGGAAGAGAGUUGUACUCUGUUCUUUUUAUUGUUGUUGUUAUUAAUAUGUUUUGCUUCAGUUCAUGGUGCCUCAGUCCCUCCGUGUGAAACGGAGGGCCCCACAAGUAGUGUCAUUCCAGGGACCUUGAGAAAGAGAGGUCCUCUCAGCAUUUUGCUAAGACUUUCUGAAAUGACGUCCAAGUUUACCAGUUGCGAGAUGAGGAUGCAUACAUAGGACGGCUGGCCUUCAGCACCGCCAGAGUACCCGGAAGUUCAGAGCCAGGUGCUUAGUCAUUGCCUUUUGCAUGAAAACAUUGGCGACAUGCCUUCUCCUCCGGCCGUGAGCCCGAGACCCUGCCAGUGUCCGUGGCUGCUGCAGCGAUCGUCAUUUGUGACAAGACAUGAACUGUGGAGUACCAGGUUCCCCGUCUUUCUGAUCGUCCAUCACCCCACUCUGCUACAUCUUUCCAAAAGGAAGUGCCAAAGCCAUGGUCCUCCUGCCUUCCAACCUGACCGGAGGGAAGUCAUUGCCAACACCCACUGGCAGACCCUGCCACUUCCACAAACCAAAGAGAUGAAGAAAAGCCUGGCAGUGUUCUCCAAGCCCCGGAACUCCAGAGCGCGCCAGGAGAGGGUAUACUCAGUGUAUGAAUAUGUGCUGUUCUCCACUGUUAACACAUUGCAAAAAUAUACUAUGAAUAAAUACCAUGAC